UUUCCAAACAUUUUGAGCGCAAUAUGAGCGAUUCUGUAGCUGACCAAGUGAAAGACAGGAAGAAGUGGACGUCAAAAUUUGAAAAGUGGCCUGCGCUGGGGAGAGUGAAGGUGGAAGUUCCUUCUGUUGAGGUGACUGUCCCCAAGUUGCUUCUCCUCUCUGACAAAGCUGAAGCAGAUUGCGAUCUGAACAUUGGCACUGUACCGAAGAUCCCAAAGAAGAAGGAUUACAAACUGCAGGACUAUUAUGUCAGGAAGUUGUUGUGUGAGAAUCUCCCACACGCCAACUUUGAUGGGAACUCCUCGUGUCCCACAAGUCUUACGGAAACCCAGAAAGAGCUCCUGGCCAUCCUGUCCAAUUACUCGGACUUGUACUUCCCUGAGGCAACCCAUGAGAGAUGGGAAGAGAUCCGAACAGUGUACACACUUCAUGCUAUCAACCAUGUCCUAAAGACUAGGAAAAAGGUGCUCAAUCACAAUGGCAAGAUCAGCAAGGCUAAGCUGGAGAAGAGACAUGAAGACUUGGACUGUUACCGUGAUCAAGGCUUCACCCGACCCAAAGUCCUCAUUCUCCUGCCUUUCAAACACACAGCCUACAGAGUGGUGGAGACCCUAAUUACGCUAACCCUUGAAGGGAAAAAAUCCAUUGUAACAAACCACAAGCGUUUCAAGCAGGACUUUGGGCCAGGAAGUGAAGACGAGGGUGAAUUGGCUAACAAGCUCAACAGACCAGAUGACUUCAAUGAAAUUUUCAGAGGGGACACAAAGGAGGACUUCAAAAUAGGUGUCCAACUGACCAAAAGCAGUGUGAAGAAAGUAGUCCUAUUACACAUAUCACCUUUAGAAGCUAACAGAAUUGCACAUAGAUCGAGUUCUGAGCACCUGAGAACGGUGCAGAUCCUGAUCCCCUGUCAGAGAAGCUGGCUGGUGCCUACUGGAGAUAGCUAUGGCUGCUGCCUGAAGAUGAUGACCAUCGGUGCAGCCUGA